CGGUUCGGCUCGCUCUGACGAGGGGGGCGGCGGGGCUGGGGGCGGCGGAGCGGAUCGGCCACCGGGUGGCUCCCGUGGCGCCUUCGGGAGGCGCCGCUGCCUGUCCCCGGCGCUCGCAAGACGCUGAGACGAGCCGGGGCUCCGAGGUGCCGUUCUGGGGAACUGCCGCAGCAAUAUUGCAACUGCCCUUUGAACAGCCAGAAAAAUAAACAAACAAAUAAAUAAAAAAGCUAAAAAGGCAGGAGAACUGAAAAAAAAAAGAAAGCCAUGAAGAUGCCUAAACGCUUGCUGCCAAAAGUAAAGAGCGAAUCUCAGUUGCGCUGGCACUGCUAAAACUUGACGAUGCGGGCGGCGCGGAGCUGCCGGCCUCGCGGUUCCUGCGGCGGGCACGAGUUGCGGGCGGCCGCUCGGGCAGCGGGGACCCCGUUUUCUACCGGGCUGCUUGAGGAGGAACCCGCUGGGAUGAGCAGGAGAGCGGAGCGGAGGCGGCGACCCCUACAGGGAUUCAGUGAAGAGAAGAAGUAAACUGAUGCAGCGAUGCUCGUUCGUGGAACACCCUCCCCUUCAGCACCGGAGACAACUUCGCGUCUGAGAUCAGCAGUUCUGAGAUGCUCAAGUGAAUGCUGUGUCAGAGGAGGGAGAAGAAUUAAGACAGAAUAUUGUGCUUCUGAACCUGUUCCAGAAAUGCAGUUAGACUGUGCGUGAGCAGCAGCUGCCUAGGAGAGAGCUCCAGAAAUGAAACAGCAUGUUUCUGGGGUGCUGUGAGAUGGACGGAGUACGUGGACUGGGGUUUCCAGCAGACCCUGGCUUACUUCUAUCAUUAUAAGCUAAAGCACUUCUUCCUGUUAGACUGGGACUAAGUUUUAAAUAGACGUUUGCAACAAAGGAAAAUAGACUUCCAUUUUUUACCCAUUUUAGGAGAGCAAGGUUAAAAAGAAGGAUGGCAAUGUCUUUUUUUAAUGAUUUCUGCCAUUCUAAUUUUGUUAGGCAUCCAGGAAGAAUUUUAAUGAGUCUGUCUUCUGAACUUGUGCUUCAUUUUCUGCCUUGCCUGCGGGAGACCAGUUGUAACACUACUUAUCAUUGGCAAGUCAACUUUCUGAGGGAAUGUAAGAGGCUUGAAUCAAAACUAAGAUGAAGAACAAGUUAUAAAAAGCUGCUAAAGUUUGCAUUGUGUCCAGAAUCUUUCUAUUUAAAACCUUUGUUGGAGAUACACAGUACAUAUUUUUUCUAUUUUUCUCAUACGAUGUGAUCAGUUUUACAGGGGAUAAAGCUGGCAAAGAUGAGGAAAAUUGGCUGUGCUCUCCUGGUACUCCAAGCUCUUCUGGCACCCCUGGAUCUUGUUCAUGGAGCAGAGAAGAGUUAUCCCAUCCUGAACAUUGCAGUGAUUCUGGGAAGGACCAAGUAUAUCACAGAGAGAGAUAUCAGAGGUCUCUGGACCAGGGAAAUGUCAGCAGACCUGACUGUUGAUGUCAAUGUAGUGACCCUUCUGGUGAACCAGACUGACCCUAAAAGCAUCAUAACACAUGUUUGCGACUUGAUGUCCGGCACCAAGAUCCAUGGAGUGGUUUUUGGAGAUGAUACUGAUCAGGAGGCAGUAGCUCAGAUUUUGGAUUUUAUUUCGUCGCAGACUUCUAUUCCAAUUCUUGGGAUUCAUGGUGGGGCCUCCAUGAUAAUGGCAGAUAAGGAUGUGAUGUCAACGUUCUUCCAGUUUGGGGCUUCUAUCCAGCAGGAAGCCAUUGUCAUGCUGAAGAUCAUGCAGGAUUAUGACUGGCACGUGUUUUCUCUGGUGACCACCACCUUCCCUGGAUAUCGAGACUUCAUCAAUGUCAUUAAGACCACAGUGGAAAAUAGUUUUGUGGGCUGGGACAUGCAGAACAUCAUCGUACUUGAUACUGCCUUUGGAGAUGCCAAGACGCAAAUUCAACUGAAGAAAAUUCAUUCAUCUGUCAUCUUGCUGUAUUGCUCCAAAGAUGAAGCUGUCUACAUACUGGAUGAGGCUCGCUCUCUGGGCCUUACUGGCUAUGAUUUCUUUUGGAUAGUUCCCAGCCUGGUUAGUGGUAACACAGAAAUCACCCCCAAGGAGUUUCCUUCGGGACUCAUUUCAGCAUCUUAUGAUGAGUGGGACUACAGCUUAGAAGCUCGGGUGCGGGACGGCCUUGGGAUUAUUGCCACUGCUGCAUCAGCCAUGCUGGACAAAUACUCCUUCAUUCCUGAAGCAAAAACUAGCUGCUAUGGUCAACUGGAGAAAAACGACCGGCCAUCUCACACCUUGCACAAGUUUAUGAUGAAUGUGACUUGGGAAGGUAAAGAUUUGUCCUUCACAGCCGAUGGUUAUCAGGCACAUCCCAGGCUGGUGGUGAUUGUACUGAACAAAGAUCGCGAAUGGGAGAAGGUGGGGAAAUGGGAGAACAACACACUGAGCCUGAAGUACUCUGUCUGGCCAAGGUACAGCUCUUUUGCAGACAGUGAACCGGAUGAUAACCAUUUGAGUAUUGUCACCUUGGAGGAGGCUCCCUUUGUCAUUGUUGAGGAUGUGGAUCCUUUGAUGGAAAGUUGCCAAAAAAAUACUGUGCCAUGUCGUAAAUUUGUCAAAAUUAACAACUCAACUAAUGAGGGAACUAAUGUAAAGAAGUGCUGCAAAGGAUUCUGCAUUGAUAUCUUGAAGAAAUUGUCCAAAACUGUCAAGUUCACGUAUGACCUGUAUUUGGUGACUAAUGGGAAACAUGGCAAAAAAGUCAAUAAUGUGUGGAAUGGAAUGAUUGGUGAAGUGGUAUAUCAUCGUGCAGUUAUGGCUGUGGGGUCUCUCACUAUUAAUGAAGAGCGCUCUGAAGUGGUUGACUUUUCAGUGCCAUUUGUUGAGACUGGGAUUAGUGUCAUGGUGUCACGGAGCAAUGGCACAGUUUCACCAUCUGCUUUUCUAGAGCCUUUUAGUGCUUCCGUCUGGGUGAUGAUGUUUGUGAUGCUUCUCAUUGUGUCCGCCAUGGCUGUCUUUAUAUUUGAGUACUUUAGUCCUGUAGGAUAUAACAGGAACUUAGCACAAGGGAAAGAUCCCCAUGGACCAUCCUUCACCAUUGGCAAGGCAGUGUGGUUACUCUGGGGCUUGGUAUUCAACAACUCUGUGCCUGUGCAAAACCCCAAAGGGACGACCAGUAAAAUCAUGGUGUCAGUUUGGGCCUUCUUUGCUGUCAUUUUCCUGGCUAGUUAUACUGCCAACUUAGCUGCAUUUAUGAUUCAAGAGGAAUUUGUUGACCAAGUGACUGGACUGAGUGAUAAAAAGUUUCAAAGACCACAUGAUUAUUCACCUCCUUUUCGAUUUGGAACGGUCCCAAACGGAAGCACAGAGAGGAAUAUCAGAAACAACUACCCUGAUAUGCACCUUUACAUGACAAAGUAUAAUCAGAAAGGAGUUGAAGAUGCCUUGGUCAGCUUGAAAACUGGGAAGCUGGAUGCUUUCAUCUAUGAUGCAGCAGUGCUGAAUUACAAGGCUGGAAGAGAUGAAGGCUGCAAACUUGUCACAAUAGGCAGUGGAUACAUCUUUGCCACUACGGGCUAUGGAAUAGCACUUCAGAAAGGAUCACCUUGGAAGAGACAAAUUGAUCUAGCCCUCCUUCAAUUUGUUGGUGAUGGGGAAAUGGAAGAGUUAGAAACCCUUUGGCUGACUGGCAUUUGCCACAAUGAGAAGAAUGAAGUCAUGAGCAGCCAGCUGGAUAUUGACAACAUGGCAGGAGUGUUUUACAUGCUUGCAGCAGCCAUGGCACUCAGUUUAAUAACCUUUAUCUGGGAACACUUGUUUUACUGGAAACUUAGAUUCUGCUUCACUGGAAUCUGCUCAGAUAGACCGGGAUUAUUAUUCUCAAUCAGCAGGGGUAUUUACAGCUGCAUUCAUGGAGUACAUAUUGAAGAAAAAAAGAAGUCACCUGACUUUACUUUGACCAAUUCCCAAUCCAACAUGUUAAAACUACUACGAACAGCAAAAAAUAUGACCAAUAUAAAUCCUUCAAGAAUUAACUCCCCCAAAAGAACAGCUGAUUUUAUUCAGAGGGGUUCCUUGAUUAUGGACAUGGUCAUGGAUAAGGGAAACUUGGUAUUUUCUGAUAACAGAUCCUUUCAGACAAAGGACAACUUUUUUGGUGAAAAUGUGAGUGAACUGCAGACACUUCCAGGCAAUCGGCACAAGGACAAUCUUAACAACUAUGUUUUCCAAGGUCAGCAUCCUCUCACAUUGAAUGAGUCCAAUCCAAAUACAGUAGAGGUUGCAGUAACAGCAGAAGCAAAAGGGAACUCCAGACCCAGGCAGCUUUGGAGGAAAUCUGUUGAAUCUUUACGUCAAGAAUCUGUACGUCAGAGCCAAGGCUCCCAGAGGGAAAAUGGGUCAGAUGAAAACAGGCAACUUUCAGUGAAAAGCCAAAGAUAUCUUCCUGAAGAGAUUGUCCAUUCAGAUGUAUCUGAGACAUCAAGCCGAGCUACUUGCCAUAUGGAACCAGAAAAUAACAACAAGCAACACAAAACCAAGGACAAUUUUAAAAAAAGAACAGUAGCAUCAAAAUACCCAAAAGACUGUAGUGAAGUGGAACUAACAUAUCUGAAAACCAAGCAGAGCUCUCCACGGGAUAAAAUCUACACAAUUGAUGCUGACAAUGAGCCAGGAUUCCGCUUGGACACACCUCAGUACAUCGAAAACAUUGUCCUUCCAGAAACUAUAGAGCUUCCUGAUGUUUAUCAAGAUCACAAUGACAACUACAGGAAAGCAGAACAUGCUAACAGGACUCCCCUACAAAAUGAAGACAGUCUUCCAAAUAAUGAUCAGUAUAAACUUUAUGCAAAGCACUACAGUUUAAAAGAUAAAAAUGCUUCCUUAGUUGACAUGAAUGAUAGAUACAGACAGAAUUCCACCCACUGUAGGAGCUGUCUUUCUAAUUUGCCCACUUAUACGGGACAUUAUUCAGGCAGAUCUCCCUAUAAAUGUGAUGCAUGCUUGCGGAUGGGGAACCUCUAUGAUAUUGAGGAAGAUCAGAUGCUGCAGGAUACAACGAACUUAUCACUUCCUGAAGAAAUAUAUGAACAUAGUUGGUCACAUAAUAAUGCUCUGCAAUAUCAUAAAAAAAACAAGUUGAGGAUUAGCAGGCAACAUUCUUUUGAUAAUAUUGCUGAUAAGUCCAGGGAAAUUGAUAUUGGAAGACCUGCUCGUAGUAUAAGCUUGAAAGAAAAAGAGAAGUUUCUACAAAGUAGUCCAUAUGCAAGCAUGUUUAGUGUUCCCUCAAGCAAACUGUUGAGCAACAAAGCCUCACUUUUAACUCAUGCUCUAGAGGACAGUAAGAGAAGCAAGUCCCUGUAUCCUGUUCACUCAGAAGAUAAUCCCUUUCUGCACUCGUAUCGUGAUGACCAGCACUUAUCUCUUAGGCGAAAUCCACCUGAUCUUUAUAAAUAUUCAUUACCAUCCAAAGGAAGAAAUGAUAAUUAUUUAAGGUCAUCCAUAAAGUCUACAGCAUCAUACUGUUCGAGGGAUGGUCGGAUCCAUAAUGACAUGUACAUUUCAGAGCAUGUUUUGCCUUAUGUUGCAAAUAGGAAUAGUGUGUACUCAAAUCCAAGGGUUUUGAAUUCCUGUAGCAAUAGACGUGUGUAUAAGAAAAUGCCUAGCAUUGAAUCAGAUGUUUAAAUUUCCCAUGAAUGCUUUAUCUAUAGGGAAAAAUAGUUGCCACCAUCUUAUAGGGAGAAUAUUUCCUUUAACAGUAUCCUGCUAUAGUAAAUGAUAUGUAAACCUCUCUCUUUCUCAGUGUACUUUUGUACAUGAAUAGGUAAACUAGUAUGCUCUCAACCAUCCUUUUAAAAUAUGUGCUGCUGAAAAGGAGAAAAAAAUAGCCAUUUAUGUAUACUUUAUAUAAAUGGCAAGCUGUACUGGAAUAGCCCCAAUAUAUGUUGGCAACUAUGCUGUUUUGUAUCUAAUUAUUUUACUAUUUCGGUUAUUCUAAUUUCUGUUGCUAAGUAUCAUUCAAUGUACUUUUGUCCUUAGAAAUGUUUAAUGAUUUUUUAGUACUGAAUAAGCAAUAUGGUAUGCAUGUACUAUGACACAGACAAAAAGAAUUAGGAAUGCAUUUGCACAGUUAAAGAAAAAAAAAAAAAAGACUGACAGAGAACAGACAGCUAGGCUUUCAAAAAUAUAUUUGAGCUUCAUGAUCAUUUUCAAAGCAAAAAAAAUCAGAAAAAAAAAAAAAACACAAAACCUCCAAGCCCCAGAACCUUAAUCAAUAAAACACAAAAUUAGCACAAAAUUAAUAUGUUCAUUCUAAAGUGAUAGAAAAUAAAUGGGAAGACCAUAGACCCAAACAUGUGAACUGCUGUGUACCAAAAGGAAGCCCUGUAGAUUUUGGCUAAUGUUAAUGUACAAAUGCUUUUCUUAUAUUUCACAUGCACCUGCCAUUACAAGCUAGGUUCAUCAAAAAGUCUGCAGUCAUCUUGUCAAAAAAUUCACAGCUGCCUAAUCUAGAGUAUAUAUUUUUAGCAAUCACUAUAUGUCACUUAUUGUGGAGCUGUGGACAUCAUUAGUAACCUUGAGGCCUAAUAUGUAUGUUAGUUUGCAUUUGCCCCUUACUGGUGAUUACUCAGGGCUGUAUAGUAUUUCUUUUAUUUCUUCACUUCCCAAACCAAAUCCCAACCCACAAUAGUUUUUUGUUCUUAGCGUGUUAGUGAUAUCUAAUUUUUAUUGUAUGUUAAUAUUACUAAAGCUGUUAAUACAGUAUCAAACACCAACAGCCAUAUGUUCAGUGUUAUCAGCAAGGAACGCAAUAAUGUUUAUUUGCAUACACCAUGAAGGAUUAACACCUUAUAAGGGACUUGUUCCUUCUGGAAUAGCAUAUAUAUUUGUUGAACAUCAGACCAGUUUCUUAACCUCUCUAAUCAAAUCUGUCAUAUAAAUUGAAUAUGUGCACACAGCUAAGGUAUCACUCACCGGUAUGCAAAGAUAUUCACAUAACAAGGAUGACUUUUAUUUUUAGUAAAGGUUAAUCAGGAUGUUUUAGAAACAAAAUGUGUUCUACACACCCCUCCCCACGCCAUAUAACCAUAAGGGAAUGUGGAAGGGAUGAGAGGAAGUCUUUCAUGAGUAGAGUGUAUAGUUGUAAAUUUUAUUUAAACUGAAGAAGUAAAUUGCUAAUAUAUUUAAAUACUGAAAGCAUCAACAGGUGGUGCUCUGCCAUUCUCCUGCUAUUCUAAGAAUUGCUCUAUUUUUUUGGGGUGUAGAGGAAGUUUAGAUUAUUCAAGUGUUAUUCCUUGCAUUUCACUGAAGAUCAGUGAACAGGGAAACCAUUACCACUGUGAAUUGGAAAAUGUAAAUAUUACCCUAACUUUUCUCUAAACUAAUUUUUUUCUCAAUAGAAUCAUACUUACAUCAGCUGUAAUUGUAUAUCUGCAUGCCAGAGGUACAGUAUGCAAGUUGGUUAGCGUGGAGUAGCGUACUUCAGAGGAGAUUUGCAAAUGGGAAGUAAUAUAGAUGAUACAUACGGAUAGAAAAAUAUGACUUGUUUAAUUUUUGUUUACAAUUCUUUAAUUAAACAGAUAUGAGCUGACUUUAGCUACCAAACAGUCCACAAUGAGUUCUUGGUAUUUAAAAAUGUAUUUGUACAUUCACCAUAAAGGUGAAGGAUGAUAUUUUUGAAGGAAUGAGAUGCACUGGGAUUUAGGCUUUCCAAAUCCCUUCACAGCUUCCAAAAAUCUUAGUAUACCUUAUUACAUCUAUGCUCAGAAAGCAUAUCUAUGGCCAUUUUCACUCUGUCCAGAAUAAAUAUCUUCUGAGUAUUCCUUGUUCAACAUUUGGUCAUAACUAUUGGACAUUAUUUCACGAUAUGCUUUCUGGUGCCUCACUGGCUCCAGUUCUUAUAAACAGAAGACCCUUGACUGCCCUUACAGAGAUUCCCAUCUCAUAGGAAUAGUUGUAUGAGCUAAGCAGGGCUAGGAUGUUUAUGGGUGGGAUGAACACUACUUUUCAUAAACAAAAACCCUCUCCCAUGUGUAUAAAAUAUUUGUCUUUCGUCUACAGGAAGACAAAUGCACUAAAGGUAUAAGUAUUGUCGUAACAAUUCAUUAAAAUAUUUUAGGAAAAUUUUCAUUUUCCAUCUAAAUCAUAGUAGAUUAAGUAAAAUCUUAAGUAUUUUGAACCACCUGGUAUGUUUCAGCAGACAGGCUAUUUGUUGGUGUCAUACCAAAAAACUAGCUUGUAAGUCGCUGAGAAGUUUACCAAGCGACUUGUGAAGCUUAGUGGUGGCUUAUGUCUUUCAUAUCAUCUUAAAGCACUCAAAAUAUUGACUCCAUGUUCUUUGUAACAUCAUCUCUAUCUGCAGCUAGACACCCAUAUUUCAAUAUCUAGACAAAGUAUAUAAAGUUCUGGGAAAGAAAAAUUCCCAGUUACAACAUUUUCUAAAUAAACUGUUGAAAUCCAAAUGUAAACAUCCUAAACCCAGGUUGAUUUAUCCUUCUGUGAAAUGUACAAGCAAAUUAACUAAAAAGAAAUACACUGCAGUGUUUGCUGUUUCUGAUUUGAGCAGAUUUCUGGUGACAGUAGAGAUUUGUUAUUAGCUACAAAUGUGUAAACAAUCCCACACCAAACCAAAUUAAAGAGACAGACGGAAGACCUGAUAAUGAUGCACAGCAAUUGCUACAGGGAAAUAAAAAAUGCUGCCUUAUAAGAAAAAAAAAAAAAAAAAAAAAAAAAAAAAGAAAAAAAAGCAGAUACUGAAAGUAGGGGAUAAGAAUCUGCAUGCAUUUGUGGUUUUGAUCUUGGCAUAUAUAUUAUGACUGAAUCCAAGGGGAAGAAAAGGCUAAAAUAUAGGGUUUUAGAUGAGUAGAUGGUGAGGCUGUAGAUAUAUACAUAUAAAGAAGAUGAAGCUGAGAAGUUGAAGGAAAAACUCUUAAGAGUAGAGCCACAAGCCACAGCUUGUGAGGCUCAGCUGUAGGACGUGUGGAAUUCUGAAUAUUGCCUGAGCUUUGUUGAUAUAUUUGCGCUGCCUUUCAAUUAAACUGAGAUCAAGACUGUCUGUAUUUCCCUCUCUCUCACUCUAGCUGCUGCUAUUCUUGAAGAGGAGAAACGAAUCUUCCUGCAUAAGUGGCCAUCCUUUCUGUACCUUUCUGGAUGGUGCUGGUGACUUGUUACAUUUUCCUGAUUACAGCUCUAGCAGAUUGUUGGUCAUUCCUAUCACCAAGAUUUCCCGUGACUCCAGCUGGAACUGAAUCAGGCUGUAAAUGAUAUGGGCCAUUCUUGGUAGCAUGUCCCGUAGCGUUACACUGCUCCUGGACGACAACUUUUAUGGAGGCAGGAUAUUGAAUUGCUGAGGAAUGGAGUAGGUACAUGGAGGUAAAAACAGCUACAUAGACAUGCCUGCCUCUUGCUUUUUUCCUCUUUUAAAGACAUUGUAGAAUUUCUUCAUGUUUUUGUCUUUCCCUUUUCACCACAGUAAAAUUUCCUUUUUCUUUCAAAUGGAUUUUGUGUUCUGCUUGUGUUUCAUAGAGCAGUGUAGCCACCCACUAACUUAAAAGCAUGGAAAUAAGAUACGUUAAUAUAUAAGAUAAAAUUAAUGAAAAUUAAGAGUUCUUUGUAUUUCUGGAUAUUUUCAUUUAAUGUUUUGGCUGCUUUUGCUCAGAAUUCAUUAUUCUGCCAUUUAAGAAGCUUGGUUAGGAAAAAGAGUGCUGUGGACAAACUGAAACCAAAUCACCACCAGCUCACCAUGUUUUGGCAGCAUCUCAUUAACAUGUCUCUCUUUCUGUGAUCUUUCAGGAACACUUAUGAGGUAAAUUAAGGCUUACAAUAAAGCUCUGGGAAAUCAGUGUGGUUUUUUGUUGUUGUUGUUUUGUUUUUGUUUUAUUCUUUCUUUUUUUUUUUAUUUUUUUCCUGGUGAAAACAAAUCUUUUAUAGAGUUCCAAAGGUAGCAAAAACUAGAGCUGUGUAGUCAUGAGUUUCUGUGCUGGAAAGCUAAGCUCCUUCUGUCACCAGCUGGGGGAGAGAAGUAGAGAGAGAAAGCCCCCUUCUGAUGGCAGUUCAGAGCACCAAAGGCUUGGAAGCAGUAUGCUGGUGAUGUGUCUUGAAAGUAUUACUCUCUCUCUUUCUGUUGACUUUUUAGAAGCUACAGGCUUCUAACUUAGCCAUUUCAGAUAGGUGUGCUUAGUAAAGUAGUGGUCUAUUUAUACCCAGCCUUGAAAUCUGCUAAAUUUAAUCUGCAAGGAAGUACAGUUUAAAGCUUGCAGAUCAUAUGGAUUCCUGUGCCUAUAGUUACUAAGGUUGCACCUGUCUGUUGUGGAUUCUUUGGUACUUCUAACCUAGCCAGUAUCAUUGUUUUCUUUAUACCAUGUGACUGUCCAGCAUGAAAUAACAGUGUAAGCAUCUAUUCCUUGUAGAAUAACUUGCUAUUUUUAUAUUUCUGCAGUGUAGCAUAUGCAUCUUAGGGUACACUGUUGGUGAAGACUUUGGUACUAUUCCUUCCCUGGGUUCACCAAUGUAGAACAGGAAUUGUGAUACAAAUCUAAGGGUCUUAGAUUCAGUCUGGAUUUAGGAAGAAUUCAAGAGGUGAAUCUUUUUGUUGUUUUACAUUGCAUUUAGCAUAUGUUAUAUAUGAAAUCUAGUGAAAACAAAUCUUUUAUGAUAAAGUAAUCUCUUAGUUAAUAUAGAACAGCAACCAUGGUGUGGCUUGGGUAGUUUGUGUUAAGUGUUGAUCAUCACAUCAUGUGCUUCUUUCAAGACGAAGUGUAUUUAUGUCAUGUAUCCCCUUGCUAAACUUUACCUUUCCCAGCUCUAGGUCUAUUUUAGCUCAAAAGACCCUUUGAAAUAGGCAUAUUUCCUAUAUAGGGUAAUCUGGUUUGCAACAUAAAAAGUUUUCUGCUAAUACACCUAAUUUGCUUGUUUUGCUGAUGUUAUUUUUUUAAUCUAAACUUCCUUCCCAUUGAGAGCAGAGCCUUCAAAGUAUAACAGUGCUGAAGGAACAUCUGAAAGAGCACAAAGGCCUUUCUAAGUAUGACUUCUAUGGUACAAGUAAUUUCCCUUAUCCGUAUAGCCUGUACUAUCUUAUCUAAAUGUAUUAGCAAAAUGUUAGUAAUUGCUACUAGUAGGAGGGAAUCACAAUUUAAUCACAGCUAUGUUUUUAUCCGUGGCCUUGUAUGCAAGUACAGGAAGCUAUAAGAUAUGAUACAGAAAAGGCUCAAUCUGUUCUGGCUGAAGUCACCUACAAAGCUGUGGUUGAAUUACACAAGAGUAGCCUCAAGACCAUCACAUCUCUUCCAUCAUUCAGAUCAUGCAGACUUCUCUGUCUGAUGUGCACAUAUUGUACAUAGUGUAAAAUUCUUGGUGUUUAGCUCUCAUUGUGAACUUAAUCCCAUGUUCACCUUUUCACCUUCAUUGCAGUGUAGCACCAAUGUUUGUGGAAUGGAGAGGUGGUUGUUCAUGUUCACUAGUGUCUGCUCCUCAGUUAAAUGGGAGCAGAAAUGCUGCCUUGCUUCUCUCUGCUCUGCAGGAGGAGAGUUACUGCACUGUUUGUAAAUAAGCUCUUCACUCAAAUCAAGCUUUCAAAUAACUUUUUUUUACCCUGCUUCUCUGGACCUGCGUACAGAGUAUGCUCUCUAAGAAUAUGUGCUCUUCCAAUGUCCUGUGAUUUUGGAAGUCAGGAUUACAAGUGUGCAUCACCCUGCAGGGCAGUGAAAAUGCACUAUGUUGUUCUUGCAGGUUCAGGAGCGUUUUGGUUACAUCCUGCAGGAUGUAUUUGCCAUGGUUUAAAUUAUUAUUAUUAUUAUUAUUAUUUUAAAUGAUUACAAGUCUAAACAGCUGUAAGAAUCCACUGCUGAUUAUGUGAUGAUCUUGUCAUACCUAUAAUUUAAGAACCAGAAAUAAGUAAAAUUAAGUUACCUCGCUAUUUACAAGGCUUUUGUUGUUUUGCAUUUAAGUGACACUUUUUUACUACUUUUACUCAAUUCUUUACCUAUAUUAAAUUAGUAGAGUGUAUAACCAUGCUCUAAUGUUGUCAUGCAAUACCUUUAUUAGUAGAUGACCACAUUAACUAUAGUAUUACAUAUUUAAAAGAGAGAUGGUUUUGACUCUCCAGCUCUUCAAAAGUAGAAGUAAUAAGUGGUUAUACUCCUGGAUGGUUUGUCCUUUCCCUUUUGUAUUAGUAUUUGUUUUCACUGAUCUAUUUCAAAAAUUAUAUUUCUAUGUGCACAUUCUAAAACUGUGAAAAUAAAUACCAAUAAAUAUUACGAUACUUAUCCAGUGCACUGUAAAGUUCUGAAUGAGGUGAGACUGGGAAUUGAUGAAGGUUUUCUCACUUCUCAUCAAUGGUACAAAGCUUUACUGUGGGCAAAUGGUAAAAUUGACAGCAACAUGAAAUUUUAAUAGAGAAUGUCUUGUUUUGCACUUCUAGUACUAUUAAAAGAAAUGGUAUGUUUUUCUCAGCAACAAGAUUAUGAUCAUAUAGUUUUUUAUUUGAGUAUUUUACAUUGCAGUACAUAAGAAUAGCCUUUUUGAAGAGAUUUAUGUUACAUCAUCACUACAGGAUUCUUUAGUCUGAUUAUAUUUUAUUGAGCCCAUUUAAUAGCAAAAAACUGUUUGGAAAUAUAUUUUAAGUUCUAUUUCACAUUGCCAAACUGUAUCUGGACUUGUAGUUAUGCAAUUGAAGGCCCUCACAAGGUUCCCGUGCCCUCCUCUGCAGGGAAUGAGGCUUUUCUUGUUCACUGCUGGGACAAGAUUAAGAGAGUUGGAAAAAAAUAAAAUAAAAUUGGAGGACAUGUUGUGCAAUAUUUGAAGUAUAAAUGAUCUUGAAAAGUGAAAAAAGAAAUGAAAGUGGAGGUUCACAGUUAUUCACAUUAGCAAAUGUUCCGUGAUGGACAUCUUCUAGAGGAGAUGGUAAUUAUUAACAAAGGUGAUUUGAAUUCUGUUUGAGUUUAUAAGUCACUGAGAAAAACGGGAUUUUU